AUCCGGAGAUAAGAAAAGAGAGACUGAGAGACCAUCCUUCCAAGUUAACCAGUGUGUCUGUCCGGCUCGCCACUCCUCUCUGUGGAGACUCUCGACUCCAGAUCCAUGUCUUGCUCCAGGGUUCAGGGCGGCCGGCUGGCCAUGCUGCUGCUCCUCAGCGGGGCUCUCUGUGGAGUCCAUCCAAUCAGAGAGGUGGAAGAUGUGUAUGUGGCUGUGGGAUCCUCCCUGUCGAUGGGCUGUGAUGGGGCGGCCGGGGUGGAGGAGGGGGCAGCGGUGAGGGUGGAGUGGAGGCUGAAUGGAUCAGUGUUCCAGCGCGGGGCCAAUCUGACCCUCCUCAGGACCAGCGUGGAGGACCAGGGCCUCUACAGCUGCUACGACUCAGCUGGACUCCUGCUGAGAUCACUGUUGCUUCGCCCCGGGUACCCCCCCUCUAGGCCUAAGGUGCAAUGCUGGUCCCCCCGCUACCCCUUGCAAGCAAUCUGCUCCUGGGAGGGGCAUGCGCGCGACAUCCUACAUACACACUUCAUCCUCUCCUACCGAGGGAAAGGUGAGACCCAACAGUGCCACAUCCACCAUAGUUCUGGACAGCCUCUCCUGAACACAGAGGACGCGCCCCUGAAGCCUGUGGCUCCGCCCCCGGGGGCUGUGGCUCCGCCCUCUGGACAGGUAUCCCUUCCCCCUGGGCAGGAGUGGUUCUGUGUGCUGGAGAAUAUGGAUCAAUACACCUUGUACCAGAUCAACAUCACAGCUGUCAACCCUCUGGGCAGAUCCACUCAGCUACUGAGCCGCACCAUGGAAGACAUAAUAAAGCCCGACCCUCCAGUGAACGUCCGUGUGCUUCCAAAGUCUUCCAGGAGGUGCCUCGUGGAGUGGGCUCCUCCCCCCUCCUGGCCCUUCUUCUCCAUCUUCCCCCUCAAGUACAAAGUGAAAUACCAGUAUGAGAGUGGGAGACGAGGCACCACACAGACUCCCCCCCUGGGGCCAUACGAGACCAACAGUGUGCUUCUAGGAGGGCUGGUGCCCGGCUCCACCUACCUGGUCCAGGUGUGUGCCAUCGAUCUGCUGGACCUUGGCUUCUGCAGUGACUGGAGCACACUUGUCAACGUGACCAUACCAACACGCAAGAGGAGAUGACUGCACCGUCGCUAGACAUCUUGAAUGUUUGACGGCUUGUAACGUCGAACGGGUUCUGUCUGUUGCAUUCCCAGGAUGUACACACACAAAAAAAAACACACAAAAUGUAUUACUCCCUUUAUUAUUUUUCAGUUUUAUGUACAAAUAAACACAAAAUGGACCAAUG